GACGCAGAUGCCAUCAACUCAGACCUGGACGACUCGGACGAAGAUGCCGGCGGUCCAAUGGGUGAUGACGACGACGAUCUUGGCGACUCCAUCCUCUGUACAUAUGACAAGGUGCAGCGGGUCAAGAACAAGUGGAAGUGCACCCUCAAAGACGGCGUUAUGAGCGUCGGCGGCAAGGAGUGGGUCUUUCACAAGGGCAUGGGGGAGUUCGAAUGGUAA